AUGCCGAGCCGUGGCGGUGCGUCGUCGCUGGGGUGCGCACGAGACAUCAAGGCGCGUCUCUUUGAAGAGCUAGGGCCGCGUGCGGACGAGUACUGGCGCGCGCUCGUAUCGCUGUGCACAGCCGCGAUCGACCGUGCCGAAUUCCAGGCGCGGGUGCAGCCCUGGCUGCCCGCAUCGUGUGUAGUACUGCACAAUUCGCUCGUACUCAGCAUGAUGGCUGAGGCUUCGGCACCGGUGUCGUCGCUGGGCAGCGGCGCCGUGCAUGGAAUGCAGGCGCCUACCUCUCCGAUCCGUGCGCGAACAAACCUGCUUGACAGUGACGACGACUCGGACGAUGCACGCGAGCCGCCCGUAGGCGGCCACCCUGGGCGGGGGCUCAAGCGUCUGCGGCAUAUGUACGCAGGCCUCUCCCAACACGAGCGCAAGCGCCUGCAGUCGCUCCCCAAAACGGACCAUGCGUCCUUGCACACUGCGGCGUCGGUGUGGGCCGGUGCUGGCGCCGAGCUACUCGAGCGAAAACGCAAGGAGGAUGAGAAGCGGCGCGCUGUCGAGGAGCGCCGCCGCACACGAGAGGCCAAACUCGCGAUCGGCGCGUCCCACUGGCGCCUCGCUGCGAUGCAAACGGCUGCCCAGGCUGACUCGCUGCGCUCGCGACUGUCACCCACGAUGCAGGAGACUCUCGCGCGAAGCGCUGAUACACCGCACUGCAUUGAGGCUCAUGAGCUUCCUGACGUUUACACGCUGCAAGACCGCAUGUCACUGGCUGCGAUCGAGGUGGGUCUCUCACAUGGCGUGCACGUCCAAGCGGCCGCUGUACUCCUCGCGGCCCUGCAGGACCAUUUGCGGGCGAUAUUACGUCGUACUCUCGCUUACUCGCGCGGGUCGAAGCGCUCUGACGGUUCGCGCAUCCGCAUGCCUGAUAUCCAAGCUGUGCUGGACCUGGCGCCCCAUGUGUUGGUUGAGCCGCUGGGCCAGGGGCCACUGGAGCGGCUGCUGGCCCCCGAUGGCGAUGGAAGUACCACCGGCAGUGUUGACGGCGCAGGUGUGUCGUGGGUGGAAGACGAUGCUAUCCGGCGUGUGGCGCGAGAAUGUGCGACCACAAAGUUGGCCUCGCAUAGCGCACCAGCCGCGCCUCCGCCGCCAAACGCAAGCCAUGAGCAAAUUCUGCGCCUGCAGCAACAGACGCAGCGCGACGCCGUCCGGGACCAGGUGAUUCUCGAUCAGCUCGCUCCGCUGCGCCUGCUCGACCGGCCUGUGCUCCGUGAGUCUCUCGCGCAGACAGACUCGGGGCUGCAUCCGUCUUUGUCAACGCCCAUGACCGUGGCACUCGAGCAACAUUAUCAGGCGGGACACCACCAUCACCAUCACCAGCACCCGCAUCCGUUGCAUCGGCACAAGGACGAGUUCUUCGAUGUGGUCGAUCCCAUGGCCCUCCUCGGCAGCCUGUGCAAGCCAUAG